UAUAUAAAAGGGAAGCUAAAGAUUCACUCAUGGGCAUCGUUAUUCUCUUCCCACUUCAGACACAGUAACCCAAAAGAAGGCCGAUCAGAAAAAAAGCACAAACAGAGAGAGAGAGAGAGAGAGGGAGUGAGUUUGCUUCAAUCUGAAACAAUGGAUGCCCCCAAAAGACAACCUUUGUAUCUCCAAGCAACUGAUAUACAUACCCUGCAACUGCUGCUUCACAGGCAAGCUCCAUGUCCAUGACUGAAUAGAGGAGCCACAGAGAGAGAGAGAGAGACAGAGAGAGAGGGGGGGGCAAUGGAGGAUUUUGUUGUUGAGGCCCUCUUGAGUGGCGACGGCGAAGCGCAGAUGCAGGGUGCUAUCGAGCUGAGCAAACUCAACAGCAAACAGAGGCACAAGCUGGCCGACCGCGGCGUGAUCCCGCCAUUGGUAUCCAUGCUUCACUCGCAAGAUUUCGGGGCCACUGAAGCUUCUCUUUUCGCCCUGCUCGCCCUCGCCUUCGGCAGCGAAAGGAACAAAAUGCUGAUCGUGAAAUGCGGAGCCGUACCGGCAAUGCUGAAUCUCCUUCGCGGCCAGUCGCUGGUCGAAUUGACAGCGACGGCGAUGCUGAUCCUCUCCUCUUGCGGCGCCAACAAGCUGCCGAUCGCAUCUUCCGGCGCCAUCGAAACGCUAAUCGCGAUCAUCUCCGGCGAAAUCGCAGCGAAUCCCCCUCAGAUCGCCGUCUCGCCGCAAACGAAGCUCGACGCAGUCUCCACGCUCCUCAACCUCUCGACCUCCCGCCGAAUCGCCCCCCUCAUCGUCGCGUCCGGCGGCGUGCCGUCCCUCCUCGACCUGAUCGUCGCCCCCGGCUCGUCGUCCUCCCCGGAGGCCGCCGAGAAGGCGAUGGCGGUGCUCGAGAACGCCGUGGCGUCCUCCGGCCACGCGGUCCGCGAGGUCGCCUGCCGCGACGGUGCGAUCAGGGCGCUGGUGGAGGCGGUCGAGGAAGGGUCCCCGGAGUGCAGGGAGCACGCUGUCGCGAUCCUCCUGGCGAUGGUGAGGAGCUGCAGGGAGGAGCACAGGGAGGCGAUCCUGAGGGAAGGCGCCGUGCCGGGGCUGCUGGAGCUGAGCGUGGGCGGGACGUGGCGGGCCAAGGAGAUGGCUCAGCACCUGCUGCUGCUGCUCAGGGACUGCGCCGCCGACUACGGCGGGAGGGCGAGGCACCAGAAGAAGAAGAAGCACGAGCUGGUGGAGCAGCUGAUGGAGGAGAUCGACGCGGAGGGGGCGAGCCUGAGGCUGGUGGAGGAGAUGGUGGCGAAGCUGAAGCACGACCGGUAGCCAGGCUUCCGCCGCCGCCGCCGCCGCCGUUCCUCUCUCUGGAAGAAGAAGAAGAUAGUUUGAUUAGCUUUAGGGGUUAAUCGAGGUUUAAUCUGGAUUAGCGGAUGGGAUUAGUUGGAAAUGAUGUACAUAGGAAGAUUGAUUUCUCGGAUUAAGAGCCGAUUUGACCUUGUUUUAAUGAUCUUGAUGUGCUCCGUGUUCCAUUUACUGACGAGGACGACCCGUUUGGGGAUUUUGCUUCGA